AUCUGUCUACUUUGUCCGUCUGUCUAUUGUAAACAAAAGCUAACCGAUCUGUCAGCUUUAUGGAGUAAUUAAUUAUUAUUGUGUAAAUUGCUCAUAUUUGUCACAUUAUAAAACAAAGCAUGUUAUGAGGGUUAUGUGACUUUAGAUGAUAUGAUUUUAAAACGAUUUCCACCUCUAUGUAUAAUAUUUGCUUGCAUCGAGAUUUGGUUCGCUAGCUAUUUUUAUUUCAUAUUUCAGCAUUAUUUAAUGUUUUCUAUAUAUUUAACAGCAAUCGUCGUAAUAACUGUUGCGAUAGGAUUUCAGUACAUAACCUUUGAACCAGUAGAAGAAGAAAUUUCUAGAAAUGUUUUAUUUAAACCGAAUUCUGAACUCCCAGUUUUCGCUCAUAGAGGUGGGGGUCAUGAUGCUCCCGAAAACACAGUUAUUGCUAUAAGAGAGGCUAAGAAGAAUGGAGCUGAUGGUGUUGAAAUUGACUUAUCUUUCACCAAAGAUAAUAUAGCUGUAUUAUUUCACGAUGAUACUCUAGAACGAACAACUGAUGGAUUUGGAAUGCUGUCUGGAAAAACAUAUUCUGAGCUAAGAGAGCUGGAUGCUGCUUCAAAUCAUAUAUAUCGUGAUCGUUUUCAAGGGGAGAAAAUAUGCACUUUAGAGGAAGGUAUUGAAGAGUGUCUAAAAUUAAAUCUGAAGAUAAUUUUGGAUGUUAAGGAAUAUGAUAAUAGACGCCAUUUUUUCGAACCUCUGAAUCGUCCAGUGUUCGGAGUAUGCAUGCCAGUUUCGCAAUUCCGAAGAUAUUCUGCGAAGGCCCAGGGAGCGCCGGCUGUGAAAGACAUGGCUGUUUAUCGCUCAUACCAAAAAUCGUUGUUUAUAGAAUGAUCGCCAAAAGGCUCUAGCUGGAGGCCAAGAAGUCCCAGGUUCUAUCCUCAGCUGGCAGUUGAGGUUAGAAAA